AUGCAUCUUCACUUCGAACGGAAUGUUAACGCGAAGUGCGACUGUACUAUACUGUCGCUGUCUUGGAUGGGGAAGGUCCCCGACGAGCUACCCGAGGAGGAAGGUUGGAAGUUGAACCGCAACAACUACUACCAGGAGGGCUGGCUGGCUACGGGCAACGUGCGUGGAGUGGUCGGAGUGACGUUUACUUCGUCGCACGCGCGGCGGCCGCACGAGUUGCCGCUACGCACCAACUACAACUUACGAGGGCAUAGAUCUGACGUAAUCCUCGUGAAAUGGAACGAGCCGUAUCAGAAGCUGGCGUCCUGCGAUAGCUCUGGGGUCAUCUUCGUAUGGAUCAAGUACGAAGGUCGGUGGAGCAUCGAGCUAAUUAAUGACAGGAGCACCCCUGUCACCCACUUCUCCUGGUCUCAUGAUGGACGAAUGGCCUUGAUUUGUUAUCAGGAUGGCUUCGUGCUGGUGGGUUCGGUGGCGGGCCAGCGCUACUGGUCUUCGAUGCUGUCUUUGGACGCCCGGAUCACCUGUGGCUGCUGGACGCCUGAUGAUGGACAGGUCUACCUCGGCACUGCUUCCGCGCAGUUGGUGGUCAUGGACGUUCACGGAGCUAUGGUCUCGCAGGUGCAACUCGUCGCCGAAGGUGGCAUAACGUCGAUGGCGUGGUCUUGCGAGAAGUUCAAAAUGGAAGAAGGGGAGGAGGGCGCUGAGACGAACAACGGCCACGUGCUCGCCGUGUCCUUGGGGAGUGGGGAGAUAGUACUGCUUCACGGCCACGACGACGUCAGCCCCGUGAGGGUGGCGACCGGCAUCAGGGGAAACACCCUGGCCAUGGAGUGGGCUAAUUCCCGUGAACUGUUAGCGGUCGCGGGAACUCUGAACGCGGAGUCAUGUGAGCCGAUAGACGCGCCUCCCUUCAAGAAUGUGGUCAAAUUCUACUCUGAUACGGGAGUACUCAUAUACACCGUCCCAAUUCCCUACACCCAGGCGCGCGUGACCGCUCUCACGUGGGGGCACGCGGCGCGGCGUCUGUUCGUCGGCGUAGGCGGCGCGGUGUGCACGGCCCGCGUGUGGCGAGUGGUGGCGCCCCUGCAGCUUUUGGCGCGAGUCAGGGCCGCCCAAGCCCUGAGGGAGCCGCGGCUCGUUUCCAAGCUGCCCCUCCCCCCUCGCCUGCAGCCGGCCCUAGCCAGCCUCUUCGCGCACACCAUUCGGUGCAACGUCCCCGAAACGAACGACCUGCGUCGCUUCGUCUCCCGGCCUCCAGCCGCCGGGGGGCGCCUCCACUGCACCAUGUUGCGUCACGACGACGAAGAGGCAGGGGCCUACACUUUGUACCUGGAGCACCUGGGCGGCCUCGUGCCGCUGCUGAAGGGCCGCAGGACCAGCAAGAUACGCCCGGAGUUCGUUAUAUUCGAUCCACAAGCUGAAGAGGGCGCGAAAGCUGGGGUCGUCAGCAGCAGCAGUAGCAGCAGCGGUGCCAGCUUAGGCGGUAGCAUCGGCAGCGGCGCUUUGUCACCGGCACCGCGCACACCGCGCCCGCCCCGCCGCCAGCGCAACCUUCCACCGCACAACUCCUCCUGCUCCUCCGACAGCGAGAGAGAAGACGGUUGCUCCGGAUCUCCCAGACUUCAAAGGCGCCGAAGAGCGCGCGAGAGACGUAAAGCCAGGAAAUCCGGGGAAAAGGAUGACAUACCCGAUGAACUUGCUUAUAUAGACUCAUUACCAGAGGACGUGCGCUUAGUUGAAGUUACAUCGAAUAUUUGGGGGACAAAAUUCAAAAUGCACGGACUGGCUAAGAACGUUCCCGCAAAUCUCGGUCAAGUUACCUACAAGACGUCAUUGUUGCAUUUACAGCCUAGACAAAUGACACUUAUGAUCACUGAAUUAAGAGACGAUUACCCAGUGGGUCCCGAUCCAAACUUCAACCCGAACAUAUUUUCCGAAGACGAAGAUGAGGUCUUUCAGUCUAAUGACUCAAAUUCACCAUCGCACACCAACAACAAUGUUAGGAGGAAACUAACAAUAAACGAAAGAAUAAAUAUAAUAUCGCAAAACGAAACCUACUCGAGUAAUAAUAACAACAAUGCCAAUCCGUCUGUAGCUAGAGCUGAUUCUUACGAUGAAUUUCCGUACAUCGAUACAAAUGAUGCCGCGAAUAAUUCAGCAGAAAGUGUUUACUCCACCCCGGUUAGGCACACAUCACAGGCGGCUGAAAGGAGGAUGAAUAAUACGGCUGGUGUUCCUAAUCGUCACGCUAUAUCUCCACUGCGUUGCGAAAGUUCCGUCCCAACAUUGCAGUCGCCUAAAAACGCUGUUGCACCAACGGACAUCAUCUUUGAGAGACCCUCCCCGCAAACCGUCACGUGCGGAGGUCGCGGCGACUUUUGCGGUGGGAGAGCGGACUACAGCGUGCGCGGUGACAACGUAUCUCUGAAGACGAACAUCUCCAAUAUUGAACAGCAGACGUUCAAUCUGAACCUCAGCAUAGAGCCCAGCAGGCAGGUUACUAUUAAAAAGUGCGACAACCACAUUUCGGACAACUGUUUAUCGAAAUUAAGGAAGAACAUUUGCAGUCGAGGUGAGUCCGCUUCCUACGAAGUGAACACAAGGAUAUUGAAAUCUUUGUGCAACAAGAAUUUCGAGCAUGAGGUGCACCCGGACGCGAUGAGCAGACGCUCGGACAAUUUGAAGAGCCUCCAGAAGAGCGAGGAUUUGAAAUACAUCGACGAGGAGAUGCCCACCGAAGCAACAGUUAAUAAUUUAACCGAGAGGCCCCGAGAAAUCAGGGUUCAGAGGACCACAACGGUAGUGCCCAUCAGCCCCGUGUGCACUAGUGUGCCCGUAUAUGACACAAUGACGCGUAGCUGUAGCGUCGGCUACUUGGACCUAGUCGAUCCGCAGGUUUUACGCGCUCACAGCAUUUCAACGCUCCGCGGCGAGCAGCCGCGACGCCUGUUCCUAGUGAACAACAAGCGACAUCGAAGGCCGAAGCGUAAUUUCCGGACGAACGAUAUCAAGCAAACAGAGACCAGGACGCCGAGCCUGAAGAAGUGCGGGAAGUCGCGCAGCCUCGACUCCGGCGAGCUGUCUAUUACGGUGGAGAAGUUAGCCGCUGCAACAGUACCGGAGAUGAUAACAGUGGCACCAGCACAGAGGAGGGCGGGAGAAUUGUGGGGCGUCGAUCCCACCGGGACUAUCCCGUGUGCACGAGUUGUCGGCUUGGUGUCGCCUUAUGACCGGCGCGACGUGGACGCCGCGUCAUAUGUGUGCGUCGCGUGCAGCACCCGCUCCGCGCCCGCCCCACCCCCCGCGCCGCUCCCCGCCACUACCGACAGCGAUUCCGACUACAGCAAGUAUUAUAGCUCGCUGGAGCAGCUGGCGCUCCGCUUGUUGGCGGCGAAGGGUAGAGGGCGCGCGAGAGCCGGGGAGGCGCGCGAGGUCAGCUCGGCGCCGGCGUCGCCGCGGCCGCAGCGCUCGCAGCCCGCCUCCCCCGCCUGCCCCGCCUCCCCCGCGCACCCCCGCCGACACCGCUACUCCUCCGCUUCACCCAUAAGACAACUAUUGAACUCGCCACUGCUUAACCGAAGACGAAACAAGAAGCCGUCUGAGAGCUCAGAUGAUGAGUACUCCAAUGGCGGCUAUAGCGAAGUCAACAGCAAGAACUACAGAGACUUGGAAAGUUUCCAGAAAGCACAGCUCAGAAACAAGUUGAAGCGCGCCGGCGGGGCGGCUGCAGCGAGCGGCGUGGAACCGCGGCCCAGUCAGCCAUUGCGCCGCCAGCUCGUGAUGCACAACAAGGCGCCGAUGUGGAACGAGAACAGCCAGGUGUACCAGCUGGACUUCGGCGGCCGUGUCACCCAGGAGUCCGCAAAGAACUUCCAGAUCGAGUACCACGGGAAGCAGGUGAUGCAGUUCGGCCGCAUCGAUGGCAACGCCUACACCCUGGACUUCCAAUACCCGUUCUCCGCCCUUCAAGCGUUUGCCGUCGCACUGGCCAACGUCACGCAGCGAUUGAAA